AUGUCCGCUCCUACUUCUGGAGGCGGCUCCUUGGCCGACCGUAUCUCCAAACCGGACACAAUGAACGCGCAGGCCGAGUCAUUCCAACCUACCUCUGGCACAUCGUGGGCAGAUGAGGUCGCUUCGCCGGCGACAGAAAACCCCUCUGCGGUUACAAAGGUGGACGAGAAGAAGCCCAAAGAGUCAAAGCCAGAGGCCCCUGCGUCCGAGUCGGUCUCUCAGGUCGAUGGCGCCACCGCACCUUUUGGUGGAUCGGAGUUGCAAGAGCCGGAGUUUGAAGUCGAGGUCAAGUUGGCGGACAUGCAAGCAGACCCGAACAAUCCCUUGUACUCGGCUACUUCUUUCGAGCAAUUAGGCUUGGAGGAAAACAUUCUCAAAGGCGUCAUGGCCAUGAACUUCCGAAAACCGUCCAAAGUACAGGAAAAGACCCUACCGCUCCUUCUGAUGGAUCCCCCACAGAAUCUCAUCGGUCAAUCUCAGUCUGGUACGGGCAAGACGGCCGCCUUCGUCCUCAACAUCCUCCAUCGUCUCGACCUCAGCACCGAACAGAAACAGAAGACACCGCAAGCGCUGGUACUGGCUCCAAGCAGAGAACUUGCCCGACAAAUUGUGGGAGUUGUCAAAGUCAUGGGCUCCUAUAUGCCUGGACUUAUUGUCGACGCCGCGGUUCCCCAGGACGCCGCGUCGCGUGGACGAAAGAUUGAGGCGUCAGUUGUUGUUGGUACUCCCGGCACGGUCAUGGACAUGAUUCGCAGACGAGCCAUGGAUGUACGAGGACUCAAGGUGCUGGUCCUGGAUGAAGCAGACAACAUGCUUGAUCAGCAAGGUCUCGGCGAUCAGUGCAUUCGCGUCAAGGCCAUGCUGCCCAAGAACAUUCAACUGGUUCUGUUCUCCGCCACGUUCCCGGACAAUGUGGUCAAAUAUGCGCAGAAUUUCGCCCCCAAUGCCAAUCAGAUGACCCUACAGCAUAAAGACUUGACCGUCGAAGGCAUCAAGCAGAUCUACUUGGACUGUGAUAGUGACCAGGCCAAGUAUGACUGUUUGGUGAGAUUCUACGGCCUGAUGACCAUUGGAUCGUCGAUUAUCUUUGUCAAGACAAGAGAAACCGCCCUCGCCAUCGAACAGCGCAUGACGGCGGAAGGGCACAAGGUCGUGUCGUUGACUGGUGGUUAUGAAGGGGCGCAACGAGAUGUCAUUAUCGACUCUUUCCGUAUGGGUCACGCAAAAGUGCUCAUCACGACCAACGUGCUUGCUCGUGGUAUCGAUGUGCAGUCCGUGUCCAUGGUUGUCAACUACGAUGUUCCAGACAAGUUUGUCGGCGGAGGAAAGUUUGUCGCGGACCCACAGACAUAUCUCCAUCGUAUCGGUCGAACCGGUCGGUUCGGCCGCGUCGGCGUGGCCGUGACCUUUGUCAGCAACCGGGCGGAUUGGGAGAAGCUGAUGGAGAUCCAACGAUACUUCGAUAUCGAGAUGACCAAGGUGGCGACGGAUGAUUGGGAUGAACUCGAAGAAACGGUCACCAAAAUCAUCAAGAGCUCCCGCGCUGGCGCCAACUUCAAGGAAGGUGCGAACAUGCAGGUGUAA